UCCAGGAUUUGGCUGUCCUAGUGCUAUUGAUACUUAUAUAGUUUAUUUCUCCCAAUUCAUCAAAAGGAGAGGAUGCCUAGACGAAAGAGGAUAGACGAUGAAGACACUGAUACAUAAUUUGAAGUCGAAACAAUUCGACCCAAAAUUAAUGCACCUGCCAAGAAGAGUGGUGCAAACUCUAAACGCCCUAGAAUUGAAAUAUCCCCAGUACCUAAAAAAACGUCUAAAGUUGUUUCAAGAAGACAAUCCCCACAAAAAAAAUGGAUCCUAAACGACUAGUUGUCUCUACUCCUAAAUCACCAAACCCGACUCAACUCCAAAAACAAAAUAAAACAUCCAAACAACCAACUCCCAGCCAUGAUGUAUCAACUCUCCAACCAGUAUCAUCUGCUGGUUUGGAGACUCAAUCAGAUCGGCCAGAAACCUUCAACAAUCGUGCACUCGUCCUUGAAGAUCCAAUCCCAACUCAUCCAACCUCAAAUGUUGCUGAUCAUGAUGAUAUAAGGGUGGAGGACGGGAUAGCUAGUGUUUGUAAAUAUUCUAAGACGUACAUCGAGGUUAAUGGAGAAAACUUCAUUCUAGAUAUCUUGAAAGAUAUACAUCGGAUAGUAACGGGAUAUUGGAGGGGGCCGUAUCUAAAUUGGAAUCAAGUGCCGGAAGACAUUAAAAACACAUGGUGGGAACAUUUUACGGAGAUGUUUGAGUGGGAUCUAGUCUCAGAGGGGGAUGUAAACAAACUUUUUAAGAAGAAGGCGGGUACGAAGAUAAGGAAUUUUAUAACUAUGGCAAAAGCAGCAAUGAAGAAGCCACCACAUGUCACAUUGGAAGACUGGGCGCAAAUGAAAAUUAACUUUGAAGAACCUAAAUAUUCAGAGAAUUGCACUAAAGCUAAAGGACAUAGACACGAUUACACGUCAAAUGGUGGGGCGACGUACUGCGGUGGUUCCAUAACGGCGGAAGAACAUCAGAGAAGAUUAGUAAGUAAUUUAGUUACUUUUUUAGUAUUCAAUUCAUAUUUAUGUUCUAAAUGA